AUACUUGCAAAUUGCUUGAAAUACAGGUUAAGAGAAAUGGUUCACUUGAUAACCACUAUAUAGCCAAUAAAAUAGACCGUGGCACGGUGCGUGAAUGGUCUAUUUAUGACGAGGACCAGAAAGGUUAGAUGGGGGGGAGGGGAUCCACGAUGCUACGUUUGGUACCCACUGAGGUGGUAUUUCUUGGUUCUCGCAUCACGCUUCCUCUUCAGUCGGUUGGGGUUACAGGGAGCCUAUCCACGUUUGAGCAGCAGCAGCAUCAACGCACUGUCAUCCUGUGGACAAAAUUCAAGCUGGGGAUAUAGUGAAAGCCAUAUCCAUAAUUACGAGGAGCUGUCCAUCACAGAGCGGGCCCUGUGAUACAAUCAAGCUCAACUCUCCACCACCCUGUUGAGGGUAAACUGGAACACUACACGACAUAAACACUCCCCAGAGAUUCCUUAGCUCCAACCUACUUUUCAGGUGAUAAACCCCUGCCUUUGAGAUUCCUCGACCCUUCAAUAAUGGAGGACGGCUACCAGAACAAGACAGCCUUUAUAAAGGGUGCCAAAGACAUUGCCAAAGAGGUCAAGCGCCAGGCGGCCAAGAAAGUGGGCCGCGGUGUGGACAAGAUGACCGACGAGUACAGCAAACGCUCCUAUGCCCGCUUUGAGGAAGACGACGACGAUGACUACCCUGGAGUGCCUGGGGGGCAGGACGGUGGCUACUACCGGGGCGACAGCCAGGCAGCCAAUGACGAUGAAGGUGGCCACAGCGACUCCACAGAGGGCCACGACGAAGACGACGAGAUCUACGAGGGCGAGUACCAGGGCAUUCCUCGCACUGAUUCGGGCAAGGCUGCUGACGGCCUAGCAGGGGGAGAUGGGCAGCAGUUCAGGGACAUGGCACAGUUGGAGGGGGAGCGGCGGAAGGACCAAGAAGAGCUAGCCCAGCAGUACGAGACCAUCCUGCAGGAGUGCGGCCAUGGGAAGUUCCAGUGGACCCUCUACUUUGUGCUGGGGCUGGCCCUCAUGGCGGAUGGUGUGGAGAUCUUUGUGGUGGGCUUUGUGCUCCCCAGUGCUGAGAAGGAUAUGUGUCUGUCAGAGGAAAGCAAGGGCAUGUUGGGUCUGAUCGUUUAUCUGGGAAUGAUGGUCGGGGCAUUUGUGUGGGGUGGGCUCGCUGACCGGAUCGGCCGACGGCAGUCCCUUCUUAUCUGUCUCUCCAUCAACAGCGUAUUCUCCUUCUUCUCCUCCUUUGUUCAGGGUUACAGCACCUUUCUCUUCUGCCGACUACUUUCUGGUGUUGGGAUCGGUGGUUCCAUCCCCAUUGUGUUCUCCUACUACUCAGAGUUUCUGGCCCAGGAGAAACGUGGGGAGCACCUCAGUUGGCUCUGCAUGUUCUGGAUGAUUGGUGGCAUCUAUGCCUCAGCCAUGGCAUGGGCCAUCAUCCCACACUAUGGCUGGAGUUUCCAGAUGGGGUCAGCGUACCAGUUCCACAGCUGGCGUGUGUUCGUCCUGGUGUGUGCAUUUCCCUCUGUUGCGGCUAUUGCUUCUCUCACCACCAUGCCAGAAAGCCCUCGCUUCUUCUUAGAGAACGGCAAACACGACGAAGGCUGGAUGAUUCUGAAACAAGUUCACGACACCAACAUGAGAGCAAAGGGACACCCAGAGAAGGUGUUUUCUGUCACCACCAUCAAGACUGUAAAGCAGAUGGAUGAGCUGGUGGACAUGGGAGGAGAAAUAUCAACUUUGCGACGCUAUAAAUUGAAGCUGACCAGCCUAUUCCAACAGGUGCGGAGUAACUUCUUGGCCAUCUUCAAUCCAGAAUACAGAAGGACCACCUUCAUGAUGAUGGCUGUCUGGUUUACCAUGUCGUUCAGCUACUAUGGGCUGACAGUGUGGUUCCCUGACAUGAUCAAAUACAUUCAGAAGCAGGAAUAUGCCUCACGCACCAAGUUCUUCACCAAGGAGCGAGUGGAGCAUGUCACUUUUAACUUUACCUUGGAGAACCAAGUGCACCGCCAAGGACAGUACUUCAACGACAAGUUCAUCAACCUUAAGAUGAAGUCCAUGGUGUUUGAGGACUCAGUUUUUGAGGAGUGCUACUUCGAGGACAUCACCUCUAGCAGAAGCUUCUUCAGAAACUGCACCUUUGUCUCAACCCUCUUUUACAAUACAGACUUCUUCCAGAACAGAAUCAUCAACAGCAAACUGGUAAACAGCACCUUCCUACACAACAAGGAAGGCUGUCUGCUGGACUUCACUGAUGACAACAACGCAUACAUGAUCUACUUUGUCAGUUUUCUGGGCACAUUGGCUGUGUUACCCGGCAACAUUGUGUCAGCCCUGCUGAUGGACAAAAUUGGGCGUCUGAGGAUGUUGGCGGGAUCGAGUGUCAUAUCUUGUGUAAGCUGUUUCUUCCUGUCAUUCGGCAGUACCGAGUCGGGAAUGAUCGCCCUCUUAUGUCUCUUUGGCGGCAUCAGCAUAGCUUCCUGGAAUGCCCUGGAUGUGUUGACUGUAGAACUAUACCCAUCGGAUAAAAGGACCACUGCAUUUGGCUUCUUAAAUGCCCUUUGCAAGCUGGCUGCUGUCCUGGGCAUAAGCAUCUUCCAGUCCUUCGUAGGCAUCACCAAGGCUGUGCCCAUCUUGUUCGCUGCAGGCGCACUCGCUGCCGGCAGUUUCCUGGCUCUAAAGCUGCCUGAAACACGGGGCCAGGUGCUGCAGUAGCACAAUUCACCACCAGAAGGCAGAAGAGUGUAGCUGCAGUGGCCACAUUGCAACCAGGGCCCGACCAACCAUACAAUCUCAGCCCUUAGCAAUCCAACAUUGCUCAUUAAACACCAAAAAACAGACUGUCAUCAACAGUAUCACAACAGUCCCAGAUUACUGAGAAAUUAUGAGGAUAGCAUCAUACUUAAAAUGCUGAUGUAACCCAUUUAGCCAGCACAGACUAGCUGACAUCUUCACCACAGCAUAAAAUAGCACAUUGGGUUUGCUUCUCAGAGACCCUUCAGAUUAGACUGAAUAUAUUCCUGCCAACAAAGAUACAAGUUUAUAAACCACUGCCAAAGGAUGUAAAGAUACUGCUUGAUAGCUACAAUGCUUAAUGGGGAUAAAUUGAUCAUAGAUACUUCCCAACAAAAGAGAUCAAACAUCUAGACACCCUCAAUUCAUCCUAGCAUCCAUAUCUGACCCUCAUGCCAUUCAAAUAAUCUGAGGUUACAGAUGCCCUCCAAUAGAUUUCCUCCUGAAAAUAGCUUUCACUUUAACUUAGCUUUCUACUGAAAAAGCAGAGCUCAAAUGAAUACUUGAAUAUUAAAUUUAUGUUUUUCAGCUUUGGCUGAUUUAUAAUAGUGGUUAAUCAUACUUCAAAGCGUCUUGUCCUUUGUAAUCUGAAUGGACUUGAUGAGUGAAAGCAGUAUUAUAGAAGCCCAUUGGUUGAUCAGCCUAUUGCUUGCAUCUUAUAUCCUGUGAGGAAGAGAGGACAGGAUCAUUGUCAUUUAAAUCUCUUAUUGGCUUCCUCUGAAAGAGAAUAUUACACACAAUAUUUCCCUUGCCAGGUGACAUGCACCAAGAUCCCUGCUUCAAAAUAAUGAUGUAGAUUAUUUGUUCAAACUUGGCAUUGAUACUAGUUAUUUUAUCAUAUAGAAAACAGACUGUACAUGUGUGUUGAAGGUAUAUUGUAAGAAUUGAAAUUGAAAUUUUAGUAAUUUAGCCGACGCUCUUAUCCAGAGCGACUUACAGUUAGUGAGUGCAUACAUU